AUGCCUGACAACCUAAAAAACGUCGUCGAACCAGCCUUCAUCGUCCUCGCCUUCACAGCAGGAUGCCUCAUCAACAGACGCCGGAAUGACCGGAAAGACUAUGCCGACUGUCUAGAGGAUGAUGUCGAGGCAGGAGAGGCUUAUGUCGACUCUCCGCCGUUGAAACCAUCGCUCCUCGCACAACCCGAGCCUUCCGUGAGGAGGAGGGCUCCGAAUCUGGUGUUUGUGCUGCUGUCGAGGUUUUUUAAUGCGUUUCCGUUUUUGAUCGAGAUUUGGUACUGGAACAUGACUUAUUGGAUAUAUCAAGGUCUUAGAGCCUUUUCUGCGAGAAUGAUUGCUGGCAACGAAGCAAUCUUUACCCGCGCCCAAGAACACGCCCUCGAGAUUCUAGAUCUAGAACACCUCUUUGGCAUCGACAUUGAGCAACGCUUCCAGUCGUACGUCAUGACGCAGCAGGCGUGGCUCAUGCCCUACCUCGCCAGGAUCUACUACUCGCACAUCAGCCUCGGCGUGUGCUUCCUCGUCUACAUCUACACGUUCCUCCCGCCGAGCACGUUCCGCCGCAUUAGGAGGACCAUCGCCGCUGAUAAUGCCAUUGCGUUUGUUAUCGUUACUGUUUGGAGGUGCUCGCCCCCGAGGUUGCUGCCGCAGGAGUAUGGCUUCGUCGAUAUUCUGCACAGCAAGGCGGGAGGCGCAAACGCUUGGAACAACAAUAGGUUUCAACUCACGAUCGCGGCCAUGCCGAGCUUGCACUUUGGCACGGCGCUCUUCUUUGCCGUCUGCAUGUGUCGAUUCUCUCCCCACCGGUUCAUGCGUGUGCUUGCACCUCUAUGGCCCGCCGCCAUGAUCAUCACCAUCGUCGCUACGGCAAACCACUUUCUAACCGACGCCUUCAUCGGAGCUCUGGUGCCUCUUUUGGGAUGGAGGUACAACCGAAUGGUUCUCAUCCUAAAGCCUGUUCAGGAUUUCAUCUUUUCGCCGUUGAUCAGCAGGCUGGACCUUGUUGAUCCCAACGCGAGGGUAGUGCCCAAGGCGCUGUGA